ACGCCAGAAGAGAAAGACGUGCGAAGAACGAGCUCCUGGCGCGCGGAGGGGUAGAAAAUUUUUCCAAAUCUGAGAAAAAUUAUAGGGGCUUUAUAUUUUUAAAUUCUUUCGGGCGUUAUUAAAGGAGAAAGAAAGGAUAAUGCACAAGCUCGUGGCGUUUUUGGGGCUCGUUUUGGUCGCGGAGACAACGGGGGCGAUUAAUGCCAAGGGAUGCACGCCCCUCGACUCGUGGACUUUUGAUAAGAUCGUUCCAAAAUUCAAAGCAGCUAUAAUCAAAUUCGACAUCGCUUACCCUUAUGGCAAAAAGCAGGAGGAGUACACCAAGCUGUCAGCCGCAGGGAGAGGCUCAGUAGAUCUCCUGGUCGCAGAAGUGGGAGUGAAAGAUUAUGGAGACAUGGAAAAUAUGGACCUAGCAGAGAGAUUUGGCGUUAAGAAGGACGAUUUCCCCGUGGUGAAGCUGUUUCUGAGUGGCCAUGAGGACCCUAUUGAUUUUGAUGGGGAUUUCACCGAUGAGGAGUUGAAGAAGUUCAUCCGGCGUCACUCCGAGGUCUACAUCGGGCUGCAGGGUUGCCUAGAAAUCUUUGAUCGCAUUGCCGACAAGUUCAUUGCCACAGAGAACCUGAAUGAGAGGAAGGGUCUCCUCAGAGAAGCAGAGGAUGAGUGGGACAAAAUCAAGAGCCAGUCUGACCAGAAGAUUGCAGAAACGUAUGUCAAGAUUAUGCGACGGGUGGUGGAGAAAGGGAGCGACUUCAUAGACCUUGAGAAGACGAGGGUCAGAGGAGUAAUGGCAGGACAGAUUACUAAAGAAAAGAGGGAUGAGAUGGAAGGGAGGUUAAAUAUUCUUAAGUCAUUUGCACAUGAUGAAUUGUGAGUGACUAAAGGCUAAGUUAUUAAAUUAUUUAUCUCAUGUCACUCGAGUGUCCCUUUAUAAUUUUCUCAAGGCAAAAGGGAUUCUCAGUUGUGUUUGAUACCAAAUAUUAAAACUUUUGAAGGAGUUCGGGUAAUGGUUGUGAGAGGCUAAUAUUGCAUGACAUAAUUGCAGAAACAAUCAGCUUUUAUCAGGUUUUUCUUUUGAGGCAAGAACUGCAGUGUAUGAGUCAUUUAUAUUAAUUCAGGAAGUAAAAAGGGAAUGAAUGUUUAUUUUUUUGGUAUAAUGUAUCCACCUGAAAUUGAUGAUAAUUACAAUUUUUCAGGUUGAGAGUAUGGCUUUUGUGAAGUUAUGUCAGCAUAUUGAAUAGGCAGCAUAAAGAUAUUAAAUUAUUUUAUAAUGUCAUGUUAUCAUGUUUCAGCACUGUUUAAUUGUUGUUACUUCUCACUUAUUUAUGUAUUAUUGGUAAUUAUCCAGAAUAGAAUUUCGCACACACAAUGGGGAAAAUUUAUGUAAUGGUCAUAAAGAGCACAACAUUUUUAUGAAAAAUAAUCUGCACGGUGUAAGGUAAGCACAAAAUCACUCCUCCAAGUCUAGAUGUAUUCAUCAUGUGAUGCUGUGGUCUCUGCACUUCACUCUCCAGCGGUGAUCAAACCUCCUCCUUGUAUACUCUGGCAAGGUAGAGCUUCAGAGCUUCUUUAGUGAUUUAUCAUCAAUUAAGGAGCUGAUCAAAGUUCAAUCUUGGGAGAAAAUGUGGUGAAGGUUAUAUUUGACAUUUCCUGUAGUAUGUAGUGUGGAAGCCAUUGCAUAGCAUUAUGGUUUCCUAUACUGGGUAAUUACCCUAUUAUUGCUAUACUUUCAACUUGUUUACUAAAGUACUAUGCAUUUAAGUGGGAUUGAGAGCAUUUCAAGUGGUUUUCGUACCAGCUAUUCAAUUUGGUAAGCUUUGCUUCUCAUUUCAACACUGGAGAGGUACAAAUUUUGUAAAUCAAAGGAAAUUCCAAAUUUUAAACCAAGUGUGGGCUUAUAGUUGUACUGCUUUAGAUGAGACAAAUAAAAGAUACAUUACUCUGCUUAAGAUGACUAAUAGUUAAUGCAAUAGAUUUAUUGGCUGGUAAUGACAUUGAACUGAAGUAAAACAGGGAAAAAUGAUAGCGUUCAGUGACGUGCAACUCACUGAUCACUAAUGGUGCUCAUGACUUUCAUAAAUAAGUGAAGUUUGAAAGUGGAUGGUGUAGAUGCUAUAACAAAGGUCAGUAUGUAAAUCUUGUAUAUGUGAAGAUAAGUUUGUGUGCCCACAACAUAGCAGCAUUUUUAUCAUUUUUAAACUUAAUCAUUCAAAAGUUUUACAUUUUGUCAUCUGUAUUGUUAUUCACAAAUGCAUUUCACUCUGUUCAAACAAGUACAAUGGGAUCACAGACCACUUAAUGUUGUUGUAUUACAAUUGGCUGAGGGAUCAAUUGCUAGGCAAGUCGAGUGUAGAAUAUUGAUCAGCAGUAAUUUCAGUAAAAGGUUAAGGGAACAGGAACAGCUGGACGUCUCAGCUGUAUAAUUCAUACCUGAAAAGAAAACGGCAGCUUUACUGAAAAUUUUGUCUGAAUAAUAUCCUGUAGCCUAGUCACAUUAGCAUUGACCAAUGUUUUAGCUUUGUGCAUAUAUAUCAAAAGCUUCCAUUCCCUUGUUUGUUUAAUUGCAGAAUCUCUACCAGCAUAAUAUGGUAACCGCAUUUAUUUUGUUAUGGAUUUAAAUGUUUAGAUAGGUAACAUUAUUCACAUACAUGAUAUGCAAAUGAUACACAUUUUCCAGGUCAAGCCAACCAACUUCGGUGCUGAAUUAAGAAUGGCUCUUGUGAACGUUCAGUUGUGGAAAUGGUUUCCUGUACCUUUGUAGAUUUUUUCCAUUUGUAUUCUUAUGAAUGGUGCUUGUUAUGAGUAGGUGGAUAAAUUUAUCAAAAAGGCAGUACAUCAACAUGAAAUUCAGCUCUGCCAAAGUUCUUCACCAUUCAGACUUGGCUGGUCAAAGAGGGUGCAGGAAAUUCGGUUCUGCAACAGUACCUAGAAGACUGAAUUCUUUUAUUUCCCUGUUGUCACUCUGUACUGUAGUCAAUACUGCAGAUCUUUAUCAGAAUGUAUGCUUUCUAAAGGAGGAAUGGGCAUUGUAAAAUGACUUAGGCAAGGCUAAGGGAAAUGUGCAUUAAAAGUCUAUCUCUGUACUUAGAGUAGAAUUCUCGAAUUAAUUAAAGUUGGUUUGAAGUGUGACCAAUUUAGAAAGAUAGGUGUUAGUAAAUAGUAGAGAGGCAAUAUCUGUUAGUAUAUAGGAGAGAAGAAAUAUUUCAGAGGAAUUAGUAAAGACAGACAUCAUGAUAUAAUGCACAAUAGUCGAGAACACAAGUAGUUUAUGCUUUACAGCAAAUCAUUGUCAUUAGGAAGUAUAGCACUGAGAUAUCAUAUUUAUAUCAGAUAACUUUAAUUGCUUUUAAUACUAGUUCACAGAUGGUUUUGUUAUAUUUUAUAAAUAAUUCUGUCAAGAGAA